CCAUGCAAUGCAUGCACCAUGGGCCAUGCAGCGAUGCAUACUUGUGCUACUACUCCUCCUCCUCCUACUGAUCCAGUCGUCUUGGAAACGGCAGAAGGAUCAGCCGCGGAUCCCCACCCACCCCGCACCAUCCAUCCUUCAACUAUAUAACUCUGACUCUGACGUGUCCUACCUUUCCUCCAUCCCCUCUUCCCCUCUCCCCCUCCUCACCCUCCCCUCUUGGUCUCACACACCAUGUCGACCAACGUAAACGAGCAUGUCGACGACGAGCACAUCCCCGGCACAGAAGUGAUGCGCGACCAUGACGGCAUGGUCCUCCGCCGUGCCCACGGCGGCAAGGGUCAAGUCCUUGUCCCACAGCCCAGCAACGACCCCCACGACCCCCUCAACUGGCACUGGAAGUGGAAGGCCGCCGCAGCAUGGACACAAGUCCUCUUCGUCAUCUUCACCGUGUGCUCGGCGCUCAGCAUGGCGCCCAUGAACGGGCUUGCCGGUCAAGAGUGGCCUAAUGAGAACGAGGAGCGCAUCGGUCUCUUAACGGGCGGCACCAUCCUCUCUCUCGGCUACGCAAACUUCUUCAUCGUGCCCUGCAGCAACAUUUUCGGGCGCCGCAUCACCAGUAUCGUCUGCAGCGUGCUUACCAUUGGCUUUGCUGUGUGGGAGGCUGUUGCCAAGAGCUACGGCUCCUUUCUCGCGUCGCGCAUUCUGACCGGCGUCCCGACCGCGAUCAACGAGACGAUGAUGGUUCAGGUCAUCGCCGACAUGUUCUUCAUCCACGAGCGUGGCCGCUGGAUGGGCGUCUACUUCAAGGCCUACUUCUUCGGCCUGUUCAUCGGUCCCAUUAUGAGCGGCAACAUGGCGCAGCUGUACGGCUGGCGCACCUUCUGGUGGCUCUGUGUCGCUUUCGGCGUCUUCAACACCAUCAACCUUAUCUUCGUCUUCCCCGAGACUCGCUUCCGCCGCGAGCAGGCCCCGCAGAACGCGACCGUGCUCAGCGCCAGCGAGAAGCACACCCACGGGCAACUGCACCUUGAACACGAGGGCGGCGACGGCAGCGGGAGCACCACCGGCAGCGGACACGACACGCCCCCCACCGUUCCCACUGACGUCGAGGCCGCCGGCGACGCCGCUGUCACUGGCCACGGUCGCCCGUCCAAGCAGCAGUGGAAGCUGUGGCAGCCGAUCAACCCCGACUGGCGCCGCACGAUUGUCAAGGACGUGUUCUCGCCGUGGCUCAAGUUCUUCAACCCCAUCAUUCUCUGGGCCGGCUGCACAAUGUACGGUUGUGCGAACGUGCUCCUUUUCUUCAACCUCACCCAGCAGACCCUCUCGGGCCCGCCCUGGAACUUCUCGCCCUCGGCGAUGGGAUACGCCAACUUCGCCUUUGUUGUCGGUGGCCUUAUCGGCCUCUCGACCGCUGGCCCGCUGUGCGACUACGUCGCCAAGGCCAUGACCGUGCGGAACAACGGCAUCCGCGAGGCCGAGUUCCGCCUCAUCGCUCUCAUCCCAUUCGUCAUCAUCGCGGCCAUUGGCAUCGUCGUCGGCGGUCUCGGCCUCGAGCGCGGCUGGGGAUGGCCCGUCAUCCUCUGUGUCGGGUACGGCGCCACCGGCAUCACCGUGACCAGUAUCCCGACCAUUGCCGUCGCGUACGCGGUCGACAGCUACACCGCCAUUGCGGGCGACAUCAUGGUCGUCGCAACAGUCAUCAAGAACACCACGGGCUUUGGCAUGAGCUACUGGGUCUUCUCGCUAGUUGCGUCCAAGGGCCUCUUUACUUGCGCCAUGGUCCAGUUCGCCACGUGCAUCGGCCCCGCCGUCCUCGCGCUUCCGAUGUACUUCUUCGGCAAGCGCAUCCGCCGCUGGACGCGCAACUCGUCGUACCACAAGGAGGAGUAGGGGUGGGGUGAGAGGGUUGAGGCGGCUUUUGUGUGGUGCGGGAACGGAGAAUGGAAAA